UGGAGCUCAACCUGUGGUUAACGUUGGAACGAGCAAGAGAGCUAUGUAUCAGGGGACUGUUCAGACGCGUCUGGGUGGCAACCGAUCAAAGCACACGGAUUCCUAUAUCUAUGUUCCACUGCUCGUUGCGAUUAAAGGGAAUCGACGUCUCCCCGGAAGAAGCUGAAUGCUAUGUUGCGAAUAUGAUUUAUCAGGGAUAUAUGCGAGGUUAUAUUUCGCAUGAGAAGCAGAUGGUAGUAUUGGCCAGUGCCAAUGCAUUUCCCAGAGUAGCGGAUCGUUCAGCACCCUUGUCGUAGAGGAUGUACAGGAAUACAGCUCUCUUGUCGUACGCGUGAUGUUCUUUUACAAGCGGUCUGUCAGAAAUUAGUGUCAGAAAACACGAGGCUGUGCGAAAGUAAGACAUGUACAGUAAUCAAGGUAUAGCACUACUAUCUGUUCCCGUACACUCGGCACCCCCCAGAAGUCGGCAGUCACGCUUUU